AUGUAUAGAAAACUUAAAACGCAUUCGACGGUGUCAUCAUCAAACUCCGUCCAGUCAAUAGCACCAUUUGCACCAUUCGUCCUCCAUGGGCCGUUGAUACGAGCUUCCAAUACCGGUGAGCCCGUGCGCUCGUCGUUAUUGAAGCGCCAGCACGAAGAAUGCUGGGACAGCGACAUUUACAGUAAAUCCAAUUCCAGCCGCACGCAGCAGGAAGCGUACAAAAACGACUGCCAGUUGCUGCUUACCGCUAUGAAGCGCUCGCACACGACAAUUACCUUCGCGCCCGAGCAGAGUAUAGACUUCUUCCCCAGUCACCGAAUAUGCAAGCUCACCGUCCGCAACCAGCAGAAGGUUAGCUGCAGCGUCAAGACGCAAAGUGUGAAUCGCGCCACGAUGGGCAAGUCCCUGGGAGAGACGCUUGACGCAUACCCGUCGCUAGGGCAAAAUAGUGGCUGGGGGUAUAUCACGGGGAAACCGAAUCUGGCCUAUAUUGUCGAGCCUAAUCAGGUUGCGCCACCUUCGUAUUCGCCUAGUUGCGAGGAUGGUGGCUUCUCUGGAAGCAGUAGCAGCGGUUAA